AUGGCUAUGUUUUUACAUGUUAUAGGACACAAUGAACGUUUUCGAGCCGUUAAAGAAAGAUUUCAUCACUCCACACAAACGAUUCAUCAAUGUUUUCAUGAGGUCUUACGUGCAAUGAUGUGUUUUGCACGAGAAAUUAUAGUACCAACCUCGUCUAAUUCAACAACAAAUACCUCAGAACGACAUAGACGGCUAAUGCAAAUAUUUCCCGGAGCAAUAGGUGCACUAGAUGGAACACUUGUACAUGCAGUUGUGCCUGUUGAUCAACAAACUCGUUAUAGGGGAAGAGGAAAAGAUAAAUAUUACCUUUGUGAUGCCGCAUACACCAACACCCGUGGAUUUAUGGCUCCCUACCGCAAUACUAGGUAUUGGUUAGCUGAUUUUCGAAGAAACAGAGCUUUGACUAAGGAAGAAAUGUUCAAUCAUGCUCAUGCACAACUUAGAAAUUACAUUGAACGUGCUUAUGGUGUAUUGAAGGCGAGAUUUCCAAUUUUAAAACAAAUGGCUCCUUAUCCUUUUCCAGUGCAAAGAGACAUAGUCAUUUCUUGUGUUGCGGUCCAUAAUUUUAUAAGGAAAUACGAUAUUGAAGAUGAAUUAUUUACGAACUUUGAACAAAACACUAUGGUUAGUCAUAAUGUGGGUGGUGGAGGAAAUGAGGGUCAAAACAUAGAAGGCAUAGAAUGGGGUUCAGAAGCCGUUAACUAUAUGACUAAUUUGCGUGACCAGAUUGCUAAUCAGUUAUUUUCAAAUGGUUCACGCUAA